UCAGGUGAAGUAUUUUCAGUGGACAACUGCUUACUAAUAAAAAGCCGGAAGUGUAAAACCGCGUAGCGUAGAGUUGAAAUGUCCUUAACAAACCCAAAGGUAUUUUCAGUAUCGAAAAAUUCUUCGAAAAAUGAAAUUGAAAGCAUCCGGGCCUUCGGAGUCAUUUUCUUUACGUUGAGGUUCCAGGGAAUGGCUCUAACCGAGGACUAUCAGCUGCGGCAUAAAAUACACGUAAUUGCAAAUUAUAUUCUUAUAAAUAUUAUCUAUUACUCCUCGUUCAUCAUCCAAUUGUUUUACGUGAGCAAUUUGAGGCAGUUGUUGGAAAACGUCCCUAUGAACCUCUGUGUGACAGCCUGUUGUAUCAAAUUCUUCGUUAUUCUGAGACUAAGACCCAGCCUCAUCGAAAUCAAUAAACAACUCAAACGCUUGGAUACUCGACCUAUGACAGACAAACAGAAGGAUCAACUGAGAGGGGUAAUCAAGUUUUGCAGGAUGAUUUCACUGAGUGUAACCCUGUUUUACUUGGGGGUGAAUUUAACUUAUGCCCUUGCUUCGGCACUUUCACAUGGCACGAAGCUUGGGUUUGAAACUUGGUUCCCCUACGACUAUAAGAAGAAUCCUUUUCGAUUUUGGAUUUCGUUGCUGAUACAGACUGCGUUUCAGCAGCAAUUGUCAUUGGAACAGGUACCGAAUGACUUCCUUGGGGCCUUGUAUCUUAGUGUACUGGGCGCCCAUCUGGAGAUAAUAAUGGAACGAUUUGCAGAUAUUCACUAUGAUCCAGAGAAAACGGAGGAGGAAAGUUUCCAAGACUUUAUAAAGUGCAUAGACGACCACCAGAUCAUAAUUAACAUUUUCGAAACGAUACAGAAUACCCUCUCUAUUACAAUUUUCAUUCAAUGCAUCACAUCCAUUCUGGCAUUUUCAACGGCUGGACUAAUAUACCUCAGAUUCUCACCAUCCUUCACUGAGACUGUAGCAGCGUUUGUAUUUAUGGUAGCGGAAGUAACAGAGAUAUUUCCAUCUUGUUACUAUUCGGACAAGUUUAUGGAAAAAACGGAUAGGAUAGUCUUCAUGCUAUACUCGUCAAACUGGAUGGACUUGUCACCAAGAUUCCGGAAACAUCUUAUUAUAUUCAUGCAGAUGACGCAGAAGAAAAAAGUUAUCUUGGCCGGAAAACAGAUACCGAUAACCUUGGCAACUUUCAUGUCCGUAAUGAAAGCUAUGUACACAGUACUAAUGAUUAUGAAGCCAUCAGAGUAACGCGUAAUAAAAGUAUCUAUUACAGAAACAAUGAGAUUCAAGUUGGUUCUAUGUCAAA